AUGGGUUCGGAGAAUUUUUGGACUCUUGAUGCUCAAAACCAGCGCAGCUGGAUAUGGAAGUCGAUAUGCAGUCUCCGAGCCAGUGCACGACAGUUUCUGAUAUGCGAAGUAGUCUCCGGGAUUACAGCUAGCUUCUGGCAGGACUCGUGGACUCCUUUAGGACCCUUGAUAGAGAUCACGGGACCGGAGGGGCCUCAAGUAUCCGGGUUAUCUAUUGAUGCUUCAGUCAGCGACGCUAUUGUUGAAGGGGAAUGGUGGCUUUCUCGCUUGAGGACCCGAAACCCACUCAUUCAACUACUGAAACAAUGCCUGCCGGAGGUGGAGCCGAUCGUUGUGUCUGAAUCAGAUGAUACCUUCGCUUGGAAGGUGGGAGAUCAAACGCCAGUUCUUAAAUUUCCGACAGCAGCGACUUGGAAUUUUCUGCAUCCUCCUGGACAGUCAGUAACUUGGCAUAAACAGGUCUGGUUCUCGGGUCAUAUACCAAAGCAUGCUUUCCUUACUUGGGUUAAUGUUAGGCAUAGACUCGUGACCAGAGAUAGGAUGAGAAGUUGGGGGCUUCAAGUUCCAGCGGCUUGCGUUCUGUGUUCUUCUCAAGAUGAAACCAGACAGCACCUCUUCUUUGACUGCUCUUAUAGCCUUGCAGUUUGGUCCUAUUUUAUGAUGAAGCUCAACCUACACCCUCCUCAAGCUUUCGAUGCACUCCUCAGUUGGCUCCACAGACCCUCCUCCAACAGCCACCUCGUCCUCAUCAUUAGAUUCAUUUAUCAAGCUUCAAAGUACGCUAUUUGGAAGGAGCGCAACGCCAGAAUUCACUCUUCCAUCUCCCGUCCUCCUGAAGCAACCAUCUCCGACAUUAAAGACCUGAUUCGCCUCCGUUUGGAUCCUAUGUCUCGAUCUCUCGCUGCUGCAGCGACUUCAUCUUCCUUUAACCCACCUGUCUCUUUAAUGGCAACGUGGCUUUCUUUUUUUCUAACGUGGUAA